CUCGUCUUCCCCUUCCCCUUACUCCAAAUUACCCCCUGCUAUCUACAUAUCCUGUCCACACUCUCCCUCCCUGCGCUGGGCCUUGCAGUUUUUGGUUGUGUAUCGGGGAAAUGGCAAUCGACGACGAAUCGCCGAUCAGAGUCAACAGCAGAGGCGGCGGCGCCAUGGGAGGAGGGGAGUGCGACGGGGCGGAGAACCAGCGGUGGCCGCCGUGGCUCAAGCCGCUGCUGGGGACGAGCUUCUUCGGCCAAUGCAAGCUGCACGCGGACGCGCACAAGAGCGAGUGCAACAUGUACUGCCUCGCCUGCAUGAACGGCGCGCUCUGCUCCCAGUGCCUCGCCUACCACCGCGACCACCACGCCAUCCAGAUACGGAGGUCGUCCUACCACGACGUGAUCCGGGUGUCGGAGAUCCAGAAGGUGCUGGACAUCUCCGGCGUGCAGACGUACAUCAUCAACAGCGCGCGCGUGGUGUUCCUGAACGAGCGCCCGCAGCAGAGGCCAGGCAAGGGCGUCACCAACACCUGCGAGGUCUGCCAGCGCAGCCUCCUCGACACCUUCCGCUUCUGCUCCCUCGGGUGCAAGAUCGUGGGGACCUCCGGUGACUUGCGCAUCCGGAAGAAGCAGGCCGUUGUCAAGAAGCAUCAGAAGAAGAAGAAGCAGCAGGCGCAGCAGCACAGGGGCGCCGCGUUGGACUCGGAGGACGACUCUUCGUCCACCAGCACCAGCCGCGGCAGCGACAGGAGCAGCGUGGUGCAGAGCUUCACCCCGUCGACCCCGCCGGCGACGGCCAACAGCUUCCGAACCGGGAAGCGGCGCAAGGGCGUGCCGCACCGGUCGCCGUUCGGCAGCCUCAUGGUGGAGGAGUUCUAGUCAAAGGCGUGGUCCGAACCCGAUGCCGGCCCACGCGGUUGCCCCCUCGCCAAAAGCAGCGGUACACCCCACUGUAGCAUACGCACUUCUAUACCAUCUACUAUAGGUGUUGCCGGAUCGGCCGGUCUACAUAGUUCAUAGCCACCCAAGAAAAAAAAAAGGAGCUAGUAGUAGCAAGCAAUAACCAAGGCCCCACUGCACGCCCGCGCUUCUGGACGACGAGGCCGGUGCAAUGUGGCACGUACGUCGUACGGUACGGUUACUUCCAUUCCAUAGUACUGUGCUACUACUACUGUAGUUUACAUGCAGUCGCAGAGCUGUGCUGGUAGUGAGACAACGGUUUGGGUUUUGGUGCCUGUAAAAGGAAACGAGGUAGUUGUAGCAGUUACCCUAGUCGUCACCACUCAUCAGCAGCCAGACACUACUAAAUUACAUAGUAUAAUAGGUGUUUCCUAGUUUUUACCGGCGCUUGAUAUAGAUGUGGAUGUACAUAUAUACAUAUACUGUCACAGAUGGGGAACGGUAGGAGUGUUGUUGGUACUGGUGUUUGCGUUUGUUGCCUGUAAUAAUAAAGAGGAUAAGAAUGCUGC